AUGUCUACUCAUCUUGCCGCUAUCUGCCCAGGAAAAGGCCAACCCUUCCACGUACGAACCCGAUCCACUCCAAAGCCAGGGCCAGAUGAACUUCUCAUCGCCGUCAAGUCCGUCGCUCUCAACCCAGCAGACGUCAUCAUGCGCGAUCAAGGUCUUUUUAUAACAGAUUAUCCCACCGUUAUAGGCUUCGACAUGUCGGGCUUGGUACUAGAAGUCGGCGAAAACGUUCCAGCUGGUGAUGGUGGCUUCCAACCUGGCACUCGAGUUGCUGCUUAUUCUGCCUCUGCCUGGAGAGGAUGCGCUCCAGAUUAUGGUCCUUUCCAAGAGAAAUGUCUUGUUCCGUGGCAGCAUGUUGUGCGUCUUCCUGAUCAGAACAUGUCGUGGAAUCAUGCUGCGACGUUGCCUGUUUCUGUCCAAGUACCUCUUAGCGCAUGGGAUAUGAUGGGAAUUCCCAGAUCUUAUGAUGAACCUCCUUCCCAAGAUCUAGGUCAGGUUGAGAAGAAAGAAGCGCUUCUUAUCUGGGGCGCGUCAUCCAGCAUCGGCACCAUGGGCGUACAAACAGGUCGUCUAAUGUGCAAGGAUCCCAAGUCUCCCUUUGCAGCUGUGUAUGCUACUGCUGGACCGGCAAAUCACGAUUAUAUAAGCUCACUUGGUGCCGAUCGUGUAUUCGAUUACAAAGACUCAAAGGUUGUUGAGUCAAUCAUCUCCGCCGCAAAAGAAGACGCGCUAGUCAUUCGACAUUGUUUCCUCGCGGCAGGGCAACUUUCUUUGUGUCAGGCUGUGCUGAAGGAAUUUGUUCAUUCAGACCCAGCAGAGGGCAAGACAACGACCAAGCUUGGGUCGGCACCUUGGAUUCCAGCGGACGCGCAAGACGUUGAUGGAGUCGAAGUGAUAUUUGUGAUGCCGUCGGCGGUUGAAGAGAAAAGGCUGGAGCAGUUCAACUAUUGGAUUGGUACUUAUCUAAGUAAGACCUUAUCCAAUGGAAGCGUUAAACCAAGCCCCGAGCCAACGGUUGUAGGGACGGGUUUGGACUUCCUCAACAGUGCUUUAGCCAGAAUGUCCCAAGGUGUCAGUUGUUCUAAGUUAGUGGUGGAAAUUAGAGAGUGA